AUGGUAACUCCUCAGUCCCUUGACCGCCCGUCCGACGAGGUUCUUGGAAAGGCUGAGCCCGCUACUCCUCUUAUCGCUGCUUCAGAUUCCAAGAAUGAUUCAAACGCUUCGGACUCGCGCCCGGAGUCCCCUUCGGCCGAGACUCCAAUGAGCGAGUCUGGGAGUAGACCGGCCCCGCCCAUGCAAAAACGGCGUCGCGUUACCAGAGCGUGUGACGAAUGUCGCCGCAAAAAGAUCAAGUGUGAUGGCAAGCAGCCUUGCACCCAUUGUACCGUGUACAGUUAUGAAUGUACAUACGAUCAGCCUUCGAAUCGCCGAAGAAACCCAGCACCGCAAUAUAUCGAAGCCUUGGAGCAGAGAUUGCAGAAGGCCGAGUCCAUUUUGCGCUCUGUCCUUCCCGGCCUGGACCUUGAUGACCCCAAAUUCGAUGCACAAUCUGUCGAGCAACUAAUUGAGAGUUCGAAACCGGGUAUAAGCUCCAAUGGGGUCGGAGCACGGCCGGCAGAUUCUCUGUCGAAACCAGACGAUGACGCUCAACUUCAAUCCAUGGUCGACCGCACCGGCGCGCUGGAUCUGGACGAUCAUGGCAAUUGGGAUUUUCAUGGCCACUCUUCAGGUUAUGUAUUUAUGCGAAAAUUCCGCGCCCAGUUCGGUGAUCAGUUCUUGCACGAGUAUGCACAGGCCGGUAAGAGCCGCACGAUAUCACAAAUGCUCGAGUCGCCAAAGUCUGCACAUUCCUCUCCAUACGAUGUCAGCCUCGCCGCGACCGUUGAUCUGCCCCCAAAAGAAGUGGCUAUAGAACUUUGCCGAAACACCCUUGAUGACUGUUGCGCUUUGAUGCGACCCAUCCAUCGACCAACCUUCUUCCGUCGGCUCCAUGACGUGUACGACACCGACCCCGAGCAAUAUAAUAAUGGCCACGUUCAAUUCCUGCCAUUGCUCUACACCGUGAUGGCGGUGGGAUGCUUGUUUUCUAAGACGGAAAAUGACAACACCAUGCUUGACGUCAAGGGUUAUAAAGAGGCCAUUGAACAAGGAUACCAACAUUUCAACACAGCGAAACAGAUGCUCGACAUAACUGAUUGCAGAGAUUUAGUGACCAUCCAGACCAUUGUCUUCAUGAUCUUGUUUCUCCAAUCCACCGCCAAACUACCGGUCUGUUACGCUUACAUUGGUAUCGCACUAAGGGCAUGUUGUCGCCUGGGUCUCCACAGGAACGUCCCGCACAAGUUCAACCCCAUUGAACUGGAGGAGCGGAAACGCAUUUUUUGGUUGGUUCGGAAGAUGGACUCGUACGUGGGAGCGGUCCUCGGCCUUCCUCAGAUGCUAAGUGAGGAUGAUGUUGACCAAGAAUUCCCCACCGAGGUGGAUGAUCGAUACAUCACGGAAGAAGGCAUCCACCCCAUGCCAGCCGGAGCAUUCCCCUUGCUUAAAGCGACCAAUGCACAUACCAGACUUACCAAUAUCUUGAGAAAAGUGGUUCGAUAUGUCUACCCCGUCAAAGGCCUGGAUGGACCGCAAAUGGACGCGAGAUAUUCCAUUAGUCACAGGCGGAUAAGGGAACUGGAGCGUGACCUGCAGAACUGGAUGGACCAGUUACCGACCGAGUUGAGACCAUCAGAAAAUGCAGGGCGAGAACUGGCAAGGGUCCAACAACUUCUUCGAAUGUCCUACGCGCAUGUGCAGAUGAUGAUGUACCGGCCUUUUAUUCAUUACGUCUCCCAGACGUGUCAAACUAAAAGUCCGGAUAAGCGGAGCUUUGCUUGUGCAGCCGCGUGUAUCAGUGUGGCCAGAAACAUUGUGCAUAUCACAAGUGAGAUGAAGAGGAGAGGACUAUUGGUGGGAUCGUACUGGUUUGUCAUGUACACCACAUACUUUGCAAUCCUAGCGCUCGUGUUUUUCGUCAUUGAGAACCCGGACAGCCCUACAGGCAAAGACAUCCUCAAAGACGCGGUUGAGGGAAGAGAUACGUUGGCUGGUCUCGCCAAACGCAGCCUGGCUGCAGACAGGUGCACCGUCAGCUUGAGUGGUCUAUUCGAUGUCUUACCGCAAAAAUUGAAGGAGCGGCGGAAUUCUAUGAACUCCGCUUCCAUCAACUCUCGAAAACGCCCUUCUCCAGGUGACGAGCCAGGACCAUUGCAGGCGAGACAGACGGCACCCAACGUCUCGACACCAGGGAGUGCCAGGGAAAGCUCGGCGACACCCAGUCGAGCCCGAACGCACCCGUCCGAGUUUCUUGCCAAGCUGGCAAAACGAAAUUCAAUGCCCGAUCCCCAUGCCCUGUCAAGUCUCUCUGAAGGUGCUGCUUCGGUACAGACGCCUCAGAUGCUGGGAUUUCAGAGCCCGCCUGUUGCAUCUCCCCUCUCCGGCAGCUUCGACUUCACACCGCACAUGGGCAAUGCGCAGAUACCGGAUUUGAAGAACGUCAUGUUCCCCAGCGACAACCCCUUUGCCUACCCCAACCAACCGAUCAGCACACUGGAAUCCACAGACGGGUCAUACUCCUUUCAGGACCACGCCAUCACGCCGGAUGACAAUAACAUGUUCGGCACGCCGAGUACAUCGGCUGCCCCGGUAGCAUCGGUCCAGCCAUCACAUCUGGGCUUCGACUUUGGAUUCGGACACACAUCGAAUGAAACGCCUAGUGGCGGCCACGACUUUGGGGGCAAUGGUGGACAUUUCAACGCGCCCUUGACAGAUAUCCUCAUGCACAAUGCCAUUGGAGGAGAAAAUUUCCACCUUGGAGGAAUGGGCGAUUUCGCCCCAUCGAUGAAUCUUCCGGAUCUGCAUGGAGCCGGCCAUCGCGAAGAAUACUGGAACAACCAGGACUACAAAGGUCCCGUUGGAGUGAGAAACGGGGCCACAUCCGGGGCACCAUCGAAUCUUGAAGGAUACUUCAACUCGGAUCAGUGGUCACAAUGGGGUGACCAGCAAUACAACCACCCACAGCAAUAA